UUUCCAGGUUGCCCUGCUGGCUUGGCUAACGUAAACUCGCCGGCUGUUUUCUUCGCUUUACAUGCCCUAAACCUCAAAUGUUAGCUAGCCUAUCUUAAAGGGAUUAUGAAGAAUUGUGGGAUAACGGACUACAAAAUGAAUCGCGACUUUGAGGGAGCAUUCUGAAUUUAAUUAAUAUGAGCUGUUCCAUGGUGUGCUUCAUAAACAUUGUGAGUUUAAAGUACGGAUUUGCAUCGUGUCUGUGAGACUCCCUAACUAUGCCUCAGAAGUUGCUCAAGAGUGCGCAGUACAUUGAGCUGGGGAGCUACCAGUAUUGGCCCGUCCUGGUGCCAAGAGGCAUCCGGCUGUACACCUACGAGCAAAUACCUGCCUUCCUGAGGGAGAACCCGUACAUCACUGAUGGUUACCGCGCCUACCUAACCUCCAGGCUUUGCAUUAAAAGCCUCUUCAUCCUGUCCAAUGAGACAAUGAACAUCUGGAGCCACUUGCUCGGCUUCCUGCUUUUCCUGAUCCUGGCGCUGCAUGACAUGACCACCGUGCUGCCCAUCGCCAACGCCACCAGGGAGGACUACGUCAUCCACACAAUCGAACUCUUCUGCUUCCAGGUGUGUAUGCUGUGCUCAGUGGGGUUCCACGUCUUCUGUUGUCAUCGCUCAGAGAAGACCAGUCGCCGCUGGAUGGCACUGGACUAUGCUGGAAUAUCCAUCGGCAUCUUGGGAUGCUAUGUGCCUGGGGUCUUCUACGCUUUCUACUGCAACAAUUACUGGCGGCAGGUGUAUCUAGUGGCGGUGUUGGCCAUGACUCUAGCAGUGUUUCUGGCCCAGAUCCACCCUCUCUACCUGAGCAAGCAUUGGCAGAGGAUUCGCUCCUCCAUCUUCUGCUCUGUCGCCGGUUACGGCCUCAUUCCCACAAUGCAUUGGGUGUGGCUCAGUGGAGGCAUCCACUCAGAUGUUGUCCAGGCGUUUGUUCCACGCAUUCUGGUGAUGUACGUGAUCGCUGCGGCCGCCUUCCUCUUCUACAUCUCCAAAGUUCCAGAGCGUUACUUCCCAGGCCAGCUGAACUACCUGGGUGCCAGCCAUCAGCUGUGGCACAUGCUGGUGGUGCUGAUGUUCUACUGGUGGCACCAGUCCGUACUCUUCCUCACUACCUACAGACACAGCCACCCCUGCCCCGAUCACCCGCUGCACGCCUAGGCCAGCCACGCCUGUCUCCUACUGAUGAGGUCAGCAACACAAGCCUCACCUUUGGUGGCCGGGAAGCAAUGGAAGUCUGAAAGCUCCCAAGUGGACAUGAACUCACUCUCAUUGCUUUGGGCCAGAAGGUUAAUAGUGCUUCAUACAAUCAUAAAGCCCUGAAUAGAAGUGCCUACUGUCCCAUAAUGGAGAAGGUCAAAGAGAAUCAGAAUUUCAUAUUUGAAAGGGUAGCUGUGAUUUUGGCUUCAGAUAUUAUUCACUCAUAACAAUCAGACUGUUUUAAGCUACGGCUGUCUUGCACUUCCCUCAAUCCAGUUCUUUGAGGUUCAGUUGGUUCGUUUUUUUCUUCUUCUGAAGAUCCUUUGCUAAACAAAUAUCAUCCAUCUCAGUUGUACAUGCAUCAUAGUACUACAUGUCCACUUCAGAUCAGUCUUGAGAUUAGUCAGAGCUGGGCCCACAGAUCGCACCCUACUCUUCAAUCUACUUUGAGUAUUUCCCAGUGUCAGGUAGCCUUUCUGUCUUGUUUAACUGUCAUUUCUCUGCAGUCCAGGCUACACCCGUGCUGUCCCCCUUCAUACAGAGGAAUGUCUUCAGUAAUGGUAUAAGAUGGAUAUUGUUACAAACCCUGGUGCAAUAAUCAGUAUUGAGUGACAAAUGUAAUGCAAUCAUAGUGGUAAAACCAAACACUGCAGGUCACUGUGGAUCACAUUGAUAUGUCCAUGGAUGAUACAAUAACUAACACUGCUAAAAUGUUUUUUUUCCCCUCCCUUUUGUUGUUAAGGCACAAAUAUGGAAUUUCAAUGGUUGAAUUAUCCUCUGCUGGGGUACAUUUUUCUAGUUUUCUAGUCGAAUCUCAUUUGUGAUAUAAAAGUUAACUUUUCUGAUAUAGAAAAUGUUAAUAUGAACACUGUUUCUGUUGACUUUUCUGUGGUCCUUUGCGUACAUAAACAUAGGCAUUUCAUGUACACUUCUGUUCGGGCAAUGUCACAUGACCUUUCUAUCAGAUCUCAGAUUGCCUUUCCUUGCAAUGCCUGGAUUGACCCUAAAUAUGCAAGUGACGGUAGUAUACUCUACUGUUCAGUUUGAGGUCACUUGUCCUUGUUUUCUGUGAAAACAUAAAAGCAAGAUUCUUUGACAAAAGCAAAGUUUGAAGGACAAUUAUUUAUUUCAAAUAAAAAUCAUCAUUUCUAACCCUGUCAAUGACCAUGCCUAUCCAUUUGGCUAUAUUUCCUAGAUAGAUAGAUGGAUACUUUAUUAAUCCCGAUGGAAAUUUAGGAAAUUCUUAUUCACUCAUUUAACGUAUGUUUUCAUGGAAAACAAGGACAUUUCUAAGUGGCCCCAAACUGACACUACUGUCACUUGCACAUAUAGGGUCUUGUAAUGUAGCACAACUAAAGGCAAUCGGAGAUCUGAUUGCCUGACCGUUUUGCUGCCUCAUUUCCUAUGUAAUGUUGGAAAUGUUAUACAAAUUUACUGUAUUUGAAUAUCUUUCAGCUAUUUAUUUUACAUCUGUAUUAUCUGUUACCUGUAUGUUCUGAUAUGUAAUGAGACUUUAAAAGUAUUCUUUUGUAUUUAAAGUGUGUGUGUAGGGAGUGAAGUUCUCCGUUGUAUUUAAGAAGAGGUGGGUGGUGUCAGAUAGAACCUUAAACUUAGACUAAGCCUUACACUGAAAGUUUUCUGUGAGUGAUUCGCUCACCAGAUCAGUCAUACCAGUACUAGGCUUACCUUGAUGUUCUGUGUGGUAAAAGUAUAUGCUUUUUUUUAUUAUGGUAGUAUGACGUCUACCAAGACCUUGGAUUAUACUUUGUACUAGUGCAAACUCAGAUCAAGCAAUUUUCAGUGAUGAAAGUUUGACUUCCUCUGUUUGGCUCACCCCCCAAGUCUGGUGAUGUGUAUGUGCAGAUGAGGGUGUGGAAGAUCUCUAAACUCUAUUGGGCUGGCCCCUCCGUGUCCCUAGUUGGUUUAUACUGUUGGGAGACGCAGUGUGAACUGAGUUGCUUUAUGCUGAGCUCAAGAUUUCAUCCUAUCUGUCUGUGAAUAUUCUUUUUUUUUUUCUACGCAGACUUGCGCCACUCCAGUGCUGACUAACUUGAAUGAUUUUAAAUAAAUUACAAACUCUUCUAUG